GUUUGACCAAAGCUACUAGGUUGACUUCAGUUUCUCUCUUCAGCAUGGAUUCAGUAAACACUUCUAGCCUUUCAAUUAAUCGCCUAGAGCCACCCUCUCAAAGGCACAGACCCCGUCCCGAAACUCCUGCUCCCGCUCUCCCAGAGAUUCCAGCAGCGGAACUUGAUCUCACUUUUUCGUUUGACACGAUCAUGGGUUUUUCAAAAAUUUCGGAACCACAGGCUGAGAAAGUUCAGAAGCGAGCUAGUAACGUGAUGAAACUAACACAGGAGAAUGAGAAGUUGAAAGAGGAGCUUAGGGCAAUGACUACUCGGUUAGAAGCUGCUGAACGCAAACGUCAGGAGUUAGCUAGCAGAUUUUCGAAGCAACAGCAGAACAAUACGGCACGAUCAUAAUUUUGGUUAUCAUUCCUUUCCCGCUCAUUCAUUCUGCAUGCUGGCGAGACCAGCUUUAAAUGGACUCUAAUACUCAGUUCGCCCCCUUGAUACCCCUCAUUCCUUCCCACAUCGUUGCUCUCCUUACCUUGUCGUUGUUAUAGGCAUUAUUUAGACAUUCUAUCCGAUUUACAUCCGAUGAGA